AUGUUGGUGAAGCGUUUUAUAGUGUCAGGAUCUAGUCCCUCCAUAUCUGCAUAUGUGGGUGAGGACGUAACACUGAGCUGCUCUGUGAACUCUCACAUCAAACCUGAAGAGAUUGAAGAGGUUUCAUGGAAGAAAAUAAAUAAAGAUGAAGAAAUCCUGGUUCUGCUCUAUGAAAACAAUAAAACUCUAUCAGAAUCAUCAGAUGAGCGAUACAGAGACAGAGUUGAGUUCUUCGCUGAUGAAAUCCACAGAGGAAACUUCUCUCUCAGACUGAAGAGAAUCAGAACUGAAGAUAAAGGAGUUUACAUCUGUCAAGUGUUUGCUGGACAACUUUCAGCAAACACAACUGUAAUACUGGAUAGACUGGGUUUCUCUGGUUUACACAUAUUGGUGUUGAUUCUGUGCAUUGCUGCAUGUGGAUCUGCUCUUCUGUUCUGGACUCUCAUCUACUGUAUAUCAAACAACACAGAGUUUGUUGUGAAUCAUUCUAGUCGGACAUGUCAUGAUCUGGGAAAGUCUGUGGAUCUGCCCUGUUUCAUUGAUCCACGUUUACUGAAUGAUAGUCUUAAGGUGGAAUGGAGAAGAUCAGACGCGGAGACUCUUGUUCAUCUGUAUCAAGAUGAAGAUAUUAGACCGGAGGCUCAGCAUCAAGAUUAUCAUGAUAGAGCUCAUUUCUUCACUGAAGACAUUAAACAUGGAAACUUUUCACUCAAGUUGAAGGAUCUGAGAGAAGAAGAUAAAGGAGUCUAUACAUGUACAGUUUACAGUGGACAGAGAUCUGUGUUUUCCAUCAGCACAAAACUGAUACUUGGGAUAUUUGUGAAUCUUUCAUUUGCUCCUCUGGGAGAUUCAGUGGUUCUGCCCUGUUCCAUUAGUCCUGAGUUAUUAAAGAAAAAGCUGAAGGUGGAAUGGAGAAGAUCAGAUUCAGAGACUCUUGUCCAUCUGUAUGAAGAUGGAGACAUUAGACCAAAGGCUCAGCAUCAGGAUUAUCAUAAAAGAGCUAAUUUCUUCAAAGAGAAGAUUAAAAAUGGAGACUUCUCUCUCCAGUUGAAGAAAGUGAGAGCUGAAGAUAAAGGAGAAUACACAUGUAAAGUUUACUGUGAGGACGAUUCACCACUUUCACUCAACAACACUUUAAAACUGGGGUUUUGUGUGGAUUGCACUGUGGUUUCUCAGGGAGGUUCAGUGCUUUUGCCCUGUUCCACUAAUAUACGUUUCAUAACUGAUAGUAUUAAGGCAGAAUGGAGAAGAUCAGACUCACAGACUCUCAUUCAUCUGUAUCAAGAUGGAGAUAUCAAACCAGAGGCUCAACAUCCGGAUUAUCAUGAUAGAGCUCAUUUCUUCACUGAAGACAUUAAACAUGGAAACUUAUCACUCCGACUGGACCACAUAAGGACUGAAGAUGAGGGACAAUACACAUGUGAAGUUUACAGAGGGCAGAAUUCUGUGUUUUCUGGCAACACAAGUUUGACACUCAGACUACUACCCACAGUUUUUCGCCUUCAAAUGUUUCUGGUCUUCUGUCCAAAUCUCAUCAUGUUCUUUGCUUUUAUCUUCUGGGGUCUUUCUGAAGGAUCUGUGAAUGAGACGAUCUUUUGCUGUGGUCUUUAUAUUCUCAGACCUCUCAUGUUGCUCUUUGCUGCUCCAUAUAUAAAUGAGUUUACAGGCAACAAUAAUUGGUGGUUAAAGUAUAUGAGUUAUAGAACAGAAUAUCUUGUUUUCUCAACUGUUCUUUAUUCAGUUCUUUUUUAUUCAUCCUGGGGAAAAGGUUUGAGUUUUGCUGGAUUUAAAGGUGUUUUGAUGAUAAUCCUCUUUGGAAUAGUUCUUCUGGUUUGCAUCUUCUUUAUUAUUUUCUCGUUGGCUGAGAUCUCUGGGAAAGUAAGUGAAAGGAUAACUUACAUAUUCCGUGUUCUGUCUGCUGUAAUCCGUGAUGUUCUGCUCUCAUUACAAUUCAUCCUCCUGUUCUACAUGUUUGGAUCAGCCGAAGGAGGUUUCUUCAUUGUUGCUGUUUUACCUGUGAUAACAACCUCGACCAAUUACAACUGGAAUAUUACAUGUGGGCAAAAGAUGGGAUGUUCACCUUUGGCCAGGAGAUCAGUAUGGUCUACAAUGAUGUUAUUGCUGACUGCAGUAAUGAUGUAUUUCUACAUCAUGGCACUGGAAAAUGAAAAAGAUUGUGUUGGAUGGGCCUGCGUGAUUGGAUUUCUUCAAGUAUUAUGGAUAGUUUGGAAAUGUUUGGGGUCACAUGGAGAUUAUAAUUUCAUUCGUAUCACUGCUGUGUAUGUGUUUGGAUCAGUUGUUGUUGUUUUAAUCAGCGCUCUUUCAUUGAUGACUGAACUGAUACUGAAAACAGUUAAUAGUGAAGGUUUAAUGGGAGAUCUGAGAAUCACUGUGUUUUCGUCUGAAAUCCUCUUUACUCUGUCUGUGCUGAUGUUAAUGAUAUUUGCACCAUGGAUCAAAAAGGAUCUGCAGUAUUGUCAGAUUGGAGCAAGAUGUAAACAAAAGCAAGACAACAGAUCAGACCAACAUUCUGCAACUGCAGCAGCAGGUUCAGAUGAAACUCAAGUUAGUGGAUCAAACCAGAACACAGCAGAAUCUCAUAAAACGCAAUCUCUACUAAAGACUGAAGAUCAGGAUGCUGGAGGAACUGGAAGUACAGCAGAAACUAAGCUUGAUUCAGUGAAAUCACAAACAUGAGAGAAGAUCAUUGAGAUUCAUCAUGAAGACUAUCAACAUCAAACAUUGCUUGUCAAGUGCUUUUCAGUGGUCUUAAUGGAUGUACAGAAUGACUUUUGCAUUCAAGUCAGAGAUGUGGAUUCAGACUGCAAUUAAUUACCGCACGACCUUGGUGUUUGUAAAAAAAACAAUUGGUACUUGUAAUUAGGCCAGGAAUUUUUACGUGGGUGGUCGGAGAAAGGCAAGGACAUUCUGGAUUCGGAUACCUUACGUCCCCAUGAGAAACAUUGACCAUUCUAAGAGGAAGUAAUUACCAUAUUUAAUCUGAAAGAUGAUGGAUAUGUAUUGCGGAUUGCUUAAGGUUGAGUAAAUCAUGGGGUAAUUUUGAUGUAUCAAAGAUUUUUUUUCUUUUUGUGAAUUGAAAAUGUGUAAAUAUGAUUAAGAGUUGUUUCAUUCAUUUUGUAGUAACAUUUGCUUUGUAAAAAUAAGUUUGAUUUUUAAGAUUCAGCCUAGUUGUAACUAAAAUAUAAACAAAAUAAAUCUGCAGAAAUUAUCCAUGCUCUAGUACAGUAGUAUGUCAGUAAAGGAUUGUAACUUCAGUAAUUCUUCAAUUGCUGGUCUGAAACUUUUAAACAGAAUAUUUUAAGUCAUUAUUUGUGCAUCUGAAACAAAUAUUUUGCAAUGCCCUUGUCUGCGUCUUAAUGCAGCUUAUAGAGACAGAGCGCAGCGCGUCAUAACCUGAAAACCACUCCCACCGGG